AUGAAUUAUUCAUCAUAUCAAAUAUGUUUAUGCUCAUUUCAUAUAAUAAAUAUUUUAAUGGAAUAUUUUAUAAAAUAUAAAUUUAAAAUUGAAUGUAUCAUUCAUGAUAUUACUGAUUAUAAACAACAUAUUUAUUCUAUUGAUAGUGAAUUACAUGAAAGACUUCAUAUAGUAUGGUUGGGAUAUUUUUAUGAAUUAUAUGUACAACCAGAUUCUUUAUAUGGAAUAAUGUGGAUAUUUAGUCCAUUGAAUGAUAAUUCACAAAUUAUAAAAACUAAUCUUAUAUGGUCAAAGAAAAUUCCAGCAAAAUUUCGAUUUCAUUGUUCUUAUUGCAAUCAUAUAUGGACAUCGAAAAAAGGAUAUAUUAAUAUAUUUAUUGGUCAUCGUCCAUUAAACAGAAUAAUUCAUCAAUCCGAUCAACAGAAAUGUACUCAAUGUAAUUCGAAUAAAUUAAUUUCAGGAUCAACAUAUCCACAUGAAGUGAUAAAAGUUUUAACAUACAUUCGAAAUUAUAUUACUAUUAAACCGAUAUAUUUCAAUACAACUCAAUAUGGAUUCCAAAUUGAAUUUUUUAAAAAUUCAUUUACUUUUAAUCAACAAAAGUCCAUAAACAAAGAAACCAUUAAUUCUCAGAUCGUAUCCAAUAGUAACGGUGAAACAUUCAAAGAAAUCUGCUCAACGAAAAACGAUCAAUUCUUUGAUUCUUUGCAAAAGUCCAGUGAAAUUUCAAAGUUCAUUAAACAUUCAAAAAAUUACUCAUUCAAUGAAGAAAGUAUCAAAUGUAAUCAUUAUACUUUAUCUAUUACUGAAGGAAAAUCAACAGUACAAUUACUAAAAGACAACAAUCAAGAAGUUAAUCUGACUAACAAUAAAUUAAAUAACAUCAGUAAGAACGAUACAGAUCUUUAUUUAAACAAAGAACCGGUCAGUUUGAAAUGCAUUCCUAAACCUACUGAACUUGAAUCUACAAUAGUUGAUGAUUUAAAACAAACUGGAAAUCAGAUCAAUAAGAAGAUGUCAAUUCGUGGAUCGUGUUAUGUUUGAUAUGGAUUUGCUGACUCUGUUAAGAUUUUACAUUCUUAGUAUAUUCUUUUUUGUUCAACAUUUAUCAUAUUCCCAUCUGAAGUUGUUUUACUAUUAGCGCCAUUCAAACAUGGAAUCAAAAUUAUUUUAAAGUGUAAUAAUUAGAUAUAAAGAAGAAUUGAGAAACUUUUAUUCAAAUGUUCUCAUUUCCCUAGUCAUUGUCUAUGUAGAUAAUAGUGUUAUAUCCUAGUGAAGAUUACAUUACGAUUAACGUCUGGGACCUAUUAAUGGACUAGUAUUAUUUAUA